AUGCUGGACGUGGACUACCCGCAGUUCGAAGGGUCCCAGUAUGGAUAUACGUAUCCCGGUAGCAGCAUCUAUGAUUUGGAACCUUGCAAGCAAGAACUGUCUUUUCCUCCCUGCAUUGCAGACCCUGAGAGCUCCCCAGAGAGCUGUAUGAACUGGCUAGAGAUGUCGGAGCCUGUCUACGCCGACUUCGAAGCAGGGCACUUGGCCCAACUGCAGAAUGUCCAAGUCUCCUAUUUGCACGGCUCUUACCCCCAGCAUUCCUUGGAGUCGGUCUACAGCCAGGAUGAGAUGAUGCCCUCACAGAACAUGUGUCUUGGGUCCAAGGAGGAGUUUAAUGCUCAGGUCUACAUCCCAUAUGAACACUAUUCUGUUCCUGGGGCCGUCUCCAGCCCGUCUUCUGAGGAAGAGGAAUUCCAUGUGGGCAGCCCAACUCUCGAGGUGUCUGAUAGCGAUUCGGAUGAAAAUCUCUCGCCUGGGUUCGAUCCAGGGUCCCGCCGAAAGCUGCGUCUUUACCAGUUCUUGCUGGAACUCCUGGAGCGCGGGGACAUGAAGGAGUGCGUGUGGUGGGUUCAACGCGACGCUGGCAUUUUCCAGUUCUCUUCGAAGCACAAGGAGGUCCUGGCACACCGCUGGGGGCAGCAGAAGGGGAACCGCAAGAAGAUGACCUAUCAGAAGAUGGCCCGGGCCCUACGCAACUACAGCAAGACGGGCGAGAUCCAGAAGGUGAAGAAGAAGCUCACGUACCAGUUUGGGACCUCGCUGCUGGGCAAGCCGGCUCACUCUUAAGCAGUCCCCCUUUCCGGGA